AUGGAUGCAGACGGACAAACUUUAUUUUUUAAUAAUUUCGAAUUUGUUCCGGAAGACUAUAGUGAAGACACUGAAAGCGUGAGCUUAGUUGCUGAAUCAGAAAGCAUUAUAGCAGGAAGUGUUUCUACAGAUAAAUUAGACUUCUAUUUAGAGUUGAAGCCUUUUUUUUUUGAUAAUAUCAGCUUUGACAAGGCACGUGAAUUAAUAAAAGCGGAAGAAGUAGAUUUAGACCUUUUGCAAGAAAGUAAUCAUGAUAUUGAUGCUAAUAUAGAUAGAGACGAUUUAGUAUUAUCAACACUUGAUCAAGAAUCAAUUAUAGCUGAAUUAGACGAUGAAAUUAAAUAUCUCGUUGAGAAAACAAAAAAAAAGAGAAAAGAAUUAUCACCCUGUCCACUUGUGGACUUGAUUGAUGAGAUGCAUAAUGAUGACAUAAAUAAGGGACUUCGAAUCUUGGGUCGCUGGAUUUUGUACAUGGCAGAAACUACCGAAGAAGAUAAAAAAAAAGAUCUUUUGACAGGCUUGACUUCU